GGUGCAGCUGCUGCGCUGGGUAUCCAGCUGAACGUCACGGAUACAAACAGUAUUACGCUUGAGCUGAUAAAUACCUUAACAGCUGGUGCAAUGUCGGCACUGAGGGAUGCGAAGAAGAGAAAGCGCAUCCAUGCCGUGGGUGGUGUGGUGACACAGGUGCUGCUUGAUGACGAAUCUGUGGUAUUCAUUGACGCGCAGGGGCUUCAUCCAGGGUUGAGCAAGUUUCGCCGGCACGUGAUUCACCUGUCACCGACGCUGGAGCAGGAGUUCUUUGUGGUUGCGCAGUACCUCGGCAACACGACUGUCGCCAACGCCCACGCUGUGAUCCGCAGCGAUGGGGCUGCUGCUGUUGGUGAUGUGCUACGGCGGUCGCUUGUGACGUUUGGCGGGUCGCUGCUGUCGUCCGCGCUGCUGGGUGGCGGUGACGCGCUGGAGAGCCACCUGCCUCGCGAUGGCGAUGUGUUCGUCGUGGGCCUUGCUGCUGCCGAUGUUGCUGUGAUCGCGGGUCACCUGGCGAAGCACAGCGGUGUGCGUGUGCUUGUGUUGUUCACGGAGUUCUCGUUGCUGUACGGUGAGUUUGUUGCUGCGUUCAAUGGGAGUGCGGCUGCUGGGCGCCUUGUGUUCGCGACGAGCCUGCCGCACUGGGCGGACGAGAGCACGACCUCUGAGACGGUGCGGGAGUUCCACGCUGCUGUCAAGGACAGGACGAAGUGGAUUCCGCUUGCUCUGAGGGGCUUCGCUACUGUGAAGCUGAUGCGCUCAGUUGCUGCUCGAAUGGACAAGGUUGGUGCAAAGCAUCUGGCUGAUUUCUUCUACACCAAUAUCAUAUUGGCGGUGGACGACAUGCACUACGGCCCUUUCUACGAUGAUGCGGAUUGCAGCGCAUACAUUGGUGACGUGAUGUGUGGUGUGAACUAUGGUGCCUCGUCACUCNACGACAUGCACUACGGCCCUUUCUACGAUGAUGCGGAUUGCAGCGCAUACAUUGGUGACGUGAUGUGUGGUGUGAACUAUGGUGCCUCGUCACUCUCUGUGUGGGCGCUGGACCGCGUGUUCGACCCCAAAGUGCCUGAGCUGCUUCCCGCUGUGACGCCGUCGAUGCUGUACACGGAACCAUCUUUGCUACGGAGUGGAUAUGUUGUUGGCGUUCUGUUAGGAACCAUUUCUGUGACUGCGUGUGUGCCGUUAUUAUUAUUAUUCCUCAGGCAAGACAGUCGUGACAACGCCAGGGCUGCGAAAAACAGUGAAAAAGCUGUUACUCUGAUAUUCACUGACAUCGAGAGCAGCACUGCGCUGUGGGCUGCGUGCCCCGAGAUCAUGCCUGACGCUGUGGCGACGCACCACCGGCUGAUCCGGUCGCUGAUUGCGA